AACCGCGAGGCGGUGGCGUCACGCAAGGCGCAGCCCGAGGCUGCAAGGAAGUGAUGUCAUCAGCCGGCGCUGCAAGGAAGGUCGCUCAUUCGGGCCAGGCGGUUCAGCGGGAAAGAUGGCGGCGGCCGCUCGUUGGGGUUGCCGGAAAUGCCUUUUAAACAUAUGGCUCGCAUCUGGACAGUGUUCAGGAUCCGCCCGCCACAUCUUCUAUGUACACCACAGCAGCAGACCAGCCCUACAGCUUUACCAGAGCCUAGAUGAAGUUAGCAAGAGUGACAUCGGGCGGAAGAUCAAGGAAGGAGUGGAGGAAGCGGCCAAGACAGCCAAGCAGUCGGCAGAAUCUGUCUCCAAAGGUGGGGAAAAGCUGGGCCGGACAGCAGCGUUCAAGGCCAUUUCUCAGGGAGUGGAGACAGUCAAAAAAGAAAUUGACGAGAGCGUUCUGGGGCAGACGGGGCCAUACAAGCGGCCGGAAAGGCUGCGGAAGAGGACAGAAUUUGCUGGGGAGAGAAGCAGAGAAGAGCGGGUGUUUGAAGCCAACGAAGAGGCGAUGGGCGUGGUCCUCCACAAGGACUCCAAGUGGUCUCAACAGUGGAAGGAAUUUAAGGACAACAACAUGGUCUUUAACCGUUUCUUUGAAAUGAAGAUGAAAUACGACGAGAGUGACAACGCCAUCAUCCGGGCUUCUCGGGCUGUCACAGACAAAGUGACGGACUUCAUCGGCGGGCUGUUCUCCAAGACUGAAAUGUCGGAGGUGCUGACGGAGAUACUCCGCGUCGACCCCAACUUCGAUAAAGAUCGGUUCUUGAAUCAGUGUGAGAAUGACAUCAUACCCAACAUCUUGGAGGCCAUGAUCACCGGAGAUCUAGAUAUCCUGAAGGACUGGUGCUACGAAUCCACAUACAGCCAGCUGGCUCAGCCAAUUCAGCAGGCGAAGGCGACAGGUCUUCGGUUCUGCUCCAGAAUACUGGACAUCGACAACGUGGACCUGGCGAUGGGUAAGAUGAUGGAGCAGGGCCCAGUGCUGAUCAUCACUUUCCAAGCGCAGCUGGUCAUGGUGAUCGAGAACCAGCAAGGGGUCGUGGUUGAAGGAAAUCCAGACAAAGUGCUGCGGAUGCUGUAUGUUUGGGCCCUCUGCCGAGACCCGGACGAACUCAACCCAUACGCCGCUUGGAGACUUUUAGACAUUUCUGCUUCCAGCACAGAGCAGAUCUUAUGAGCACGGCUCCCUCCUUCCGGACCCACCUUGCUCGCCGCCCAGUGGCCUCAGGCAGGCUAUUUUGCACAAGGACCCAAGGUGGCGGAGACCCUCAGGAGCGUCCGGUUUCGCACGCGGGGUUGGGGGUGCUGGUUUUUGGCACGGAUGGACACGGGGCGACUGCGAGUCCCCGGCUAUUGGAGGGGACCGGACCGCUCUGCCAAACGUUCCUGUCCCCAAGACGAUCUCACCUGAGGUCUUGUCAGGCGCAGUACGGUGCCCACAAGUCACCCUGCAGUUCCUGGAUUGUUUGGCUGAUGGAUCUGGGCCCCCCGGCUCCAGCCAGCUCUUCGUCAACCGGCUCGAAUCAUUCGUGCUUCUUGUGCUAUCUACCCUUCUGCUUCUUUAUGGUGGUCAAGGUGGCCAGCUGGGCUCUGCCUGGUUUGCGAAAAGAGGUGCCCAUAUCAGCCAGGAUCCACUUCCAAAAAACCCGGGGAGAAGAAUGUUUGGGGAAGGCUGGAACGCUGGCAGUCGGGUUGGUGGUCUGGUGAAAGGGGAACGGUUCUCUGGCACAGGGGAUUGGACAACGCGGGGUGGGUGGGGGGUUGGACGUUCUGCCGUUCAGAUGGUUUGAGAGGCCUCUUCUCCAGCCAGGCUGUUACCAGGGCAGGUGGUGGUCUUCUGCUCCCUCUCGCGUGGCGUGGGAAGCCCCCCCCCCCCCCCGCCCCGUGAACUCGAUGGCACGGGUCUGCUGCCAGAAGAACAUCAUGAUCGUGGAUUCUUCUACUGCUUUUGGACAUGAAAUAAAUCUAGCCAAAUACCGUU